GUGAAGCUGUUAGAAGCUGACAAACGUAAUUUAGAGCGCCAGAUCGCUUCGUGCAAGUCUAGUUGUAUGCGAAGCAAGAGUUACGAGCGUCCGGAAAAGGCACAUAUAGAACUCCUGGGCACUAGUUACAGCCUCGACAAUUUGGAGCAUGAAAAUAGAGAAUUAAGAUUGAAGAUACGCAAACUGGAGAUUCAAUUAGCGGAGAAGGAGACCGAGCUUAUACGCCUGAAAUCAACUUACAUCCAUUCCUCUCAUUCAUUAUUGGACACGAGUCGUGAUAGAUGCGGAGAAUUAGAACGGAUCAGAGCCGCGCAACUGCAAGCCGAGAAAUUAUUGGAGGCAAGAGAACAGAGCCAUCGUCAACAAGUAUCGCGUUUGGAAAAUCAGAUACAAUUAUUGCGGGAGCAGCUCAAUCAAAAGAUAAAGCGCAGGCAACUGUACGUUUUACGGAGUUCGCGAGCCGGUAGAGAAAUGCAACAAUUGCGACAAGCAUUGGGCGACUCUUUGAAAACCGUGGCGCAGGAUCCGUCGCUGGACGCGGUGUUAUUGGAACACGAAGCGCGUAAAUUGGACUCUACCCUGACGAGCACCGCUAGUUUACCGCCGUCAUUAGCUUUACCUGCCCCGCCGUCUUACAGAUCCAGCACCCCUUCACAGCUCAAAUAACGCAAGAAAUAAUCGCGGACUGAACUUUCUCUGAAAACUGCCAGUAUAUAUACACAUAUAUCAAGCGUAGUACUUAUAUAUUCUCAGCGCAGUACUUGUAUACUACACUUGGAUAUUUAUAUCAGUAUAUAGGUACUUGUAAGUUAUAUUUCUUAAGGGUAUGGAGUACAAUUAACUCUCUCGCGUACAUAUAUAAAAAUAUUAACGCUCAGUGAGCGUUUGAGCAUUGCAUAUUGAAGUCACUAGAGAAAGAAUUGAAGCAUACGAGAUGAUCAAACUACCGCGAUGAAUUCAUAUAGCGCCUCUUGAUAUAUCUUAUAAAUAAUUGGGAGACAAUCGCGGAUUUUUUGAUGACUAUAUUUCAUUUGAUAUACAAUUUUUUACAUUAAAUAUAUAUUGAAUUUUUUACGAUUUUACUUUAUACGAAUUUUAUGCUUCCAAUGAUUAACAUUACGAUAGAUUCAGACGUAUUUCAUACAGUUUUACGCAUGAUAUAUGUGAAAGUUUUUGUGAUAUGCGUA